AUGUCCUCCAAAAGCAAUCCAAAGCUUGAGACUGUCAGCCUAUUGGCUCAAGCUUUACUGGACAAGUACAAUGAAGAUCACCUUCUUUUUGGGGAUCUUGCAUAUGAACUUGAUGAUGUUGUGAGCUUCCGAGAAAUUUAUGAGAGGGAGGGCCGCCUUGUCAACAUGUUCUAUCAUAUCAAUUUGACUACAAAAACGAAAGGAGAUGAUGGUUUUCAGAGUGGCGUCGAUAAUGUGUUCUUUGCUGAAGUCACACGAAUAAAAGGCGAAGAUGUACAAUAUGUGCUCAGUUGUUUCUGCAUGGUUGAACCUAAUGACAAUGGCCAAUGCUAUGGUUGCAUGAGAUACGGAAAUGUUGAUUUGAAGCAUCCUGUUGAUGUUGAUAAAUACAAAGGUGGCCACUCUUAUCGGUACUCACCAUGUUCUGGUUUUGAUCCACGGCGGGAUACCCCUGGCCCGGAUGUACCUGCAUACAUCCAGGAUGAGGAGGAUAGGCUCGCGUAUGAGGAGGCUACAGUAAGAAGUAUGUACGAGUGCCCUGACAAUCCUCCUAUUCUAGCAAAAUUGAAUGGUACAAGAAUGCCUGUUGGUUGUUCGACCAAAAGAGAGGAUGCUAGUUUGGCCAAGAGAGAGGAUGGCAAGGGAAGGGUGAAAUACGUUGUACCUGCUAGGCGUCAGUUGGUUUGA